CUCCUGCUCUCUCUCACCCUCCUUUCCCUUCUUCGUCACUGACCGUAUCACACUCUCUCCACUUGUUUUCGGUAGCAUUUCUUCCUCUUUAGACCACGCUUUUAAUCUUACUCUCUCUCUAUUCUAUCCUCCCUCAUUUCUCUCUCCUGCACUAUUUCUCUGUUUAUACAGAGGAAUGCAGUAUGUGGCACGCUGUGGUUCUUUGGCUGUUGAUGCUCGCGACUCUGCUCCAGGUGUCAGUGCAGGGUCCCCACCAGCGGUUUCUGCUCAGGGAGCUGCUGCGGGACUACAACCCCAUGGAGAGACCGGUGGCCAACGACUCCCAGAGCCUCACCGUUCAGUUCUCCUUCACUCUGAUGCAGGUCAUGGAUGUGGAUGAAAAGAACCAGAUCCUCACCACAAACGCCUGGCUGCAGAUGCAAUGGUACGAUCACUACCUCCAGUGGAACCAGUCAGAGUAUCCUGGAGUUAAGAACCUCCGUUUCUCUUCGGACCAGGUCUGGACACCUGACAUAUUGCUCUACAACAGUGCUCAUGAUAAGUUUGAUGCCACCUUUAAAACCAAUGUUCUGGUUAACUCCAGCGGCUUCUGUGAGUAUCUGCCUCCAGGAAUAUUUGUCAGCACCUGUAGCGUGGAUGUGCGAUGGUUUCCGUUUGACAUCCAGCGCUGUGAACUGAAGUUUGGCUCCUGGACGUUCGAUGGCUGGCUGCUGGACCUCCAGAUGAAGGAGGCUGAUGUUUCAGGAUACAUGACUAACGGAGAGUGGGAUCUACUGGAGGUCCCUGGAGAUCGUCACGAACUAUUCUAUGACUGCUGUGCAGAGCCCUACCCUGAUGUUACCUUUGUGGUGACCUUGCGACGAAGGACCUUGUUUUACGCUCUCAACCUCCUCAUGCCCUGUGUGCUCCUCUCCUCCAUGACCCUGGUCUGCUUUCUGUUACCGGCCAACUCGGGGGAGAAGAUCAGCCUGGGCAUCACGGUUCUGCUUUCUCUGACGGUUUUCAUGCUGAUGGUGGCAGAGAUUAUGCCUGCCACUUCAGAUUCUGUCCCGCUGAUAGGACAGUACUUUGCCAGCACUAUGGUGAUUGUCGGGAUGUCAGUAGUGGCCACAGUCAUGGUCCUGCAGUUCCAUCAUCACAGCCCCAACGAUGGAAACAUACCACGCUGGGUGCACUUAGUUCUGCUGCAGUGGGUUCCUUGGUUCCUGCGGAUGAAGCGUCCUGGAGAGGGAGCGGAGCCGCCUCUUUCCAACUUCCAGGCCGACUGUCAGAGCAAGAACCUGUCCUCUCCUACUACAACCACUACCACCACCACCAACCCCACACCAGUGCCCUCUAUCAUCCCCCAGAGCCUCAACUCCCUUCAGGCCAGCCUGGCUCAGCUCAACCACCCAAUGUCCCACCCAAUGUCCCACCCAAUGUCCCACCCAAUGUCCCACCCAGGAUCCCACCGGCCCGGCUCUCAUACUGGUAUCCUCCCUAAUAUCAGAGAUCCUGGCCCCAACCCACAUCCACAGCCCAACGGCCAUCUCCUGUAUAUGGGUUUCCAGACCUUCCAGACCACGGCAGAGCUGGAGCAAGUGCAGGGAGGCAGAACCACGAGUCACGGCAGGGUGAACAGUGGAGUAGGUGGAGGCGAAGGAGAGGGAGCAGCAGCCGGAGCGCAUACUGGAGAUACACCAAUCCAUCACCACCUUCAAUCUUCCAAGUUUAGGAGCCCCCCACUGGAAACUCAUCUGUCCAUAGACCCCGACCCGUCAACCACAGCCUCUGGACCCUGCGGCCUGGAGACUGGGUCUGCAGCAGGGAGAUCAGCUGCUAUGCAGAACCACAGCGGGAUGUUUCGAUCUGUUGCAGUGGACCACCAGCUGCAGGAGCUGCUGGUGGAGGUGCAGUUUUUAGUGGAGCGCGUUAAAGAGCAGGACCGACUGGUCAGCUUGGCAGAGCAGUGGCAGUUUGCUGCAGCUGUCAUUGACCGCCUGUGCCUGAUGGGAUUCAGUAUUUUCAACAUUAUUUGUACCAUCGCUAUCCUCAUGGCCGCACCCAACUUUGGGGAAGCUCUGUCGAAAGACUUCAUCUGACACACAGAGGGAUUUGAAGAUGUAAAGGUAUGAUACAGAUGAGGGUUUGUUGGAAGUGCUGUUAAUGACACUGGGACAUACAACAGUACAUAUUUCCUCUAAAGCUGGAGUGGGCUGUGGUACUUGUGGAUUGGAAUAUGAUAAUGCUCAUUCAGUGUUUACUGUUCACAUAUUUUCUUUUGCAAUGGUUUCUAUGUAAGUGUUAUUUAUGCGUUUGUUUCUCCCAAAAGGUAACCAAAGUUGUUAUUUAGAGGUGAAAAAUAAUCCAUCUUGUGUUUGGGAUCUGCUACUAAAUAUAAUGGGUUCUACCUUCACUCAUUCCACACGCUUUCACCAAAUGUCAUGAAUUUUGGACCAACAUUUUUUCUCUACUCGAGCUGACAAAGCAUAUCGUUCUUGGCAGAAGUCAAAAGUAAAAGAAGCGUCUCAUAUAUUGAUCAUUUUGGUGAAGUUUCAACAAAAACAUUUUUCACUGAAACCUUGAUGAUGAAGGUUUGUGUUUCUUUUGUUUUUAUCCCAGUCAACAAAUUAAGAGUUUUUUGGAAUAGUAUUGUAAUUGAGGAUCCUUUAGGAAGAUCAUCCUAGAAUGUGUGUGAAAACUGGGAAGCAUGACUUGAUUUGAUCAAUACUGAUCUAUUUGUUAUAAAGUCUUGACACUGAAGUGUUGCAUGUAAACCUGCUUUUCCAUACAAUACAGACCUGAAUAUCUGUAUGCUAUUGUGUGAUACUAAAACUAUUAUUUAUACUAAAGUACACACAUUUCUGUUUGCACUGAUGAGCUCCUUCACGAGAUGCAAUUGUUUUUUAAUUCUCAUAAUAUCCUUAUUUAAAUUUGAAUUCUUCUAUUACA